UCGCAAGAACUCGGCGCUCUCGCUUACUUCUACUUCUCCUUUGCCUUCACAAGCGAUGUUAGACUAGAGCAAUUCAAGUACACCCUUCUCACCCAGAUUAUCGGGUCACUAUCGACAACACCCGCGGGGGAGGAAGGUGGGUUUGCAAUUCCAAGAGCCUUUCGGCAUCUCUACGACAAGUAUGCGCCGUCGAAACACCCACUUCCAGAACAUACGGAUGCUGUUUUUCGCGAGGUUCUCCGGCAGUCGGGCAGCACCUACAUCGUGGUUGACGUUUUAGACGAAUGCCCUUCGCGUGAGGAUCGACGCCAGAUUGUCCAUUUCUUAGCUGAUCUCAGCCACGACCCGAGCCACAACCUCCAUAUUAUCAUCACAAGCCGGAUAGAAGAUGACAUUGAGAGAGCAAUGGCUGGCAGAGAGAUACUCACUGUCCCAUUUCCAGCGGAUCGAGUUAAUGUGGACAUCAGAAAUCACCUCCUACACGCCAUGGACACGGUGGGAUACGAAGGCUGGGAUGAAAACCUCAGGCAGACGGUGAUUAGUUAUCUCACAGAGCAUGCAGAUGGAGUGUUCCGGUGGGCCGACCUGCAGCUCAAGGAACUAGAGAGAAAGGGCCGACCGAAAGAUGUCGAAAAGCUUCUCAGAAAGCUGCCUAGAGCGCUGGAAGAGACAUAUGAAAGAAUGCUCAAGCGAAUCGAGGACGUCCACGGCAUGGCAGCACUCUCGAUCCUUCGUUGGCUAGCCUUUUCCAAACGCCCACUUCUACUUGCCGAAGUCAACGAGAUUGCGGCGUUCGAAUACCCAAUGAGGGAUGGUGAUGAUGGCCAUGACGAUCACCGGCAGGUUGUUGAGGUUACCUUUUCGGUAGAAAACAGGUUUUAG